CUGAAGAUUAGGAUGAUAAGCUGUAGAGUCUGUGUCCUGGCUGCUCUGUUCUCUCUCCUCAUCAUCACCCUCAUUCCCACCACACAAUCAGCGGACUGCUGUCUGAAGUUCACUCGGCGUCCAGUGCACUGCCGAUGGCUGAAAGGCUACACCUUCCAAGACAUUACUUCCUCAUGUGACCUCAACGCUGUCAUCUUCCAGAAUCUAAGGAACAAGUUUGUGUGUGCCGACCCCUCUCAAGACUGGACCAAGAGGGUACAACGCUGUCUGCGCAAGCGUCAGGAGAAGAAAUCCCAACUGAAGAAAAGGGUCUGAACUCAUGUUGCCAUGGAGAGGGCUUUCAUUACAGAACACCAUGUAAUACAUUAUUGAUUUAAUGUUAUAUUUUACUGAGACAAACAGCAAUAUAUUUCAAUAUACAGAGAGAUUCAUGAAGGUUAAGAUGUUUAAAUAAUUUAAUAUAAGUGAAUAUUUUUCAUCAUAUCUGUGAUUCUGAGGUAGUUUGAGUUUCAUCUCAGUUUAACUGUAUUUAUCAUCGUUGUUGUUCUGUUUUAUAAACAGCAGGUGUAGUAUUUCUGAUACGCAUGUAGAAACAUUAAAACAUAGUUUUCACACAUAGUACCACAAAAUAUUUUUGUGUUGAUGUUUCAUAUCCUCUCUCCAAUUGAAGCCAGAGAAAACCUUUUUAACUUUGUAUUUCCAAAGUGUCCAAAUCUCUAUAUGAGUUUUACUGAAGUGUACUUACUUUAAGCUCAAAGCUAUGAAAUAGAUAAUAAAAUGGGUAUUUG